UCCUCUAACACAAAUCAAUCUUUUCUUCUCUUCUCACUUUAAAGUAGCCAAGAUCCUCAAAACCAUUUUUUUUUUUAUUUAGAUAUCUUUAAAACCAUUGUUUCCUGUUUUUACUCCAUACAACAAUGGAGUUUAGAAGUUGUAUCUUGUUUGUGAUGUUAAUGGGGUUUGUUUAUUCAUCUGAAGCUGCUAACAAAUAUGUUGGUGGAAAGGAUGGUUGGGUUGCAACUCCUUCUGGGAGUUUAAAUCAGUGGGCAGAAAAGACUAGAUUUUCAGUUAAUGAUUCACUUGUUUUCAAGUACAAGAAAGGAACAGACUCUGUUUUGGUAGUGAAUUCAGAAGACUACUAUGCAUGCAACACAAAGAAUCCAAUUCAGACUUUGGAUGGUGGAGAUUCCAGCUUUAAAUUAGAAAAAUCUGGUCCAUAUUAUUUCAUCAGUGGUAAAGAUGGUAACUGUGCUCAAGGUCAAAAACUGAUUGUUGUUGUUCUUGCUGUUAGAACUCCACCUUCAUCUCCUUCUCCAGUAUCUCCACCACCAAAAUCUUCUUCACCUUCACCUUCACCAUCUCCAGUUGUUAACCCACCUAAAUCCUCUCCUUCGCCUUCACCAGUUCCAAUUGCUAACCCACCAAAGAGUUCUUCCCCUUCACCAUCACCUGCACCAGUGGCAAGUCCACCAAAGUCAUCAUCACCUUCACCAGCACCAAUUGCAAACCCCCCUAAGUCCGCAUCCCCUUCACCAGCACCAAUUGCAAACCCCCCUAAGUCCACAUCCCCUUCACCGGCACCAAUUGCAAACCCUCCCAAAUCUGCAGCUCCAAUUGCAAACCCACCCAAAUCUGCAUCCCCUUCGCCAGCACCAAUUGCAAACCCACCUAAAUCUGCAUCCCCUUCCCCAGCACCAAUUGCAAACCCCCCCAAGUCCGCAUCCCCUUCGCCAGCACCAAUAGCAAACCCACCUAAAUCUGCAUCCCCAUCUCCAGCACCAGUUGCAAACCCCCCCAUGUCCUCAGCACCAUCACCAGCAAACCCUCCCAAAUCUGCAUCCCCUUCACCAUCACCAAUUGCCAACCCUCCCAAGUCUGCAUCACCUUCACCUUCACCAAGUGCAACCCCACCUAAGUCUGCAUCCCCUUCACCGUCUCCAGUGCCAUACCCACCUAAGUCCUCUCCUUCACCAUCUCCAAUGCCUUACCCACCUACUCCUGCAUCGACAACACCCACAUCUUCACCACCUAUGGAUGAUGGAGCACCAGAGCCUUCGGGUUCUGAUGCAUAUACUACAGCACCAGCACCGGCUCCUUCUUCAGCCCCUUCAUCACUUUCUUCUAUUGGCCUUGUUUUUGUUAGUAUGCUAUUGAGCUAUUUCUUUUAAUUGUUCCAAGAUGAAUAGUGUUUAUGUUUGGAAUUCAUGAAAACACACUUUAUAUUUAUUGUAUUAAAGAGAUUGAAUUUGGGUUUUGAUUCAAUUCAGGUUGUUGGAUGAUCAUUUUUUGUUUAUAUAGUUCCAACCAAGUUAUUCAAUCUCAUUACAAAACUCAAUAAAGCUAGUCUUUUUCUUUCUUUUGA